AUGGCGGCUUCAAUGGCGAAACCCAUCUCGAUAACUCCUCUCGGUUUCUACUCCGAUCGAAAGAACAUCUCUUUCUCCGAUUGCAUUUCGAUUUCCUCUGGAUUCCGACAUUCCCGACCGUCUUGCAUCGAUUUGGUCGCGAAAUCGCCGACGAACACUCGUUGUUUCCCUCUCGUUAGAGCCCAAAGCUCUUUUGAUUACAUUCCAGACUCAAAAUUCUACAAGGUGGAAGCAAUUGUCAGGCCAUGGAGAAUCCAGCAUGUUUCAUCGCUUGAAGAACUCGUGAUGCAUGCGAUGAUCAAAACAUAUAUACGACUACUAAAUCUUGACUUUCUCUGUUUCAUAAAACUCGAGGCUUUGUUGAAAAUCGGGAUUCGAGGUGUUACCGUAUCUGAUGUCCGAGGGUUUGGUGCACAAGGUGGAUCCACCGAGAGACAUGGUGGGUCUGAGUUCUCUGAAGACAAGUUUGUUGCGAAAGUUAAAAUGGAAAUCGUUGUCAAGAAAGACCAAGUGGAGUCUGUAAUCAGCACCAUAAUCGAUGGAGCAAGGACAGGAGAGAUUGGUGAUGGCAAAAUUUUCGUUUUGCCUGUCUCAGAUGUCAUAAGGGUUCGGACAGGUGAGCGUGGGGAAAAAGCAGAGAAGAUGACUGGUGAUUUGCUUUCACCGUUUUAG